AUGCACCCAGAACAGCCACCUACAGGUAUCGAUACAUCCGGACAUGUUUCGAGGUUCGCUACAUGCUCGCUGGAUGAUGAGGCCUGGGAGAAGGCAAUAAACGAUGAAGUUUCCAAUCUGCUUUCCCAGCUAAACCAUCAGGCACUGGUCCAGGUCACAAGCUCUCUACGUGGAGGCAAGCCAUGCGUGUUUAUGCCAGGGCAGCACCUCGGCAGCGGCGCCAUCAUGGGGUGUGCCAACUAUCAUGCUUGGCUCAUAUUCGACGACGGUGAGCGGUGGCUUGCACGGAUACCGCGGACCGGAUUCAGCGAUGUACCUCCCGAGCUGGUUGAGUACUUGGUCUGCAGCGAGUACGCCACCCUCAAGUUUCUCGAGACAACCAGCAUCCCCGCGCCAAAGGCUUUUGGUUAUGGUCUUGCCUCAGAUCCGACCAACCAUGUAGGGGUCAGCUAUCUGCUCAUUGAGGCUUUGCCGGGCCGACCUUACCAGCCAUGGAACGCCACUCCGGAACAGAGCCGUCACGUCCUCAACCAGGUGGCCGACAUGAUGAUUGAGCUCAGCAGGCACCCGUUUCCCAAGGCGGGCUCUCUGCUGUUUGUCGAUGAUGAAAUCCAAAUUGACAGAGUCGCGAGCAACCGCUUCAUCCACCUGGGCUGCUACGGACCUUUUACCACGACUGCUGAUUACUUUGGCGAAACAGCAGCACAGUAUAUCAGCCUCAUUCUCGAUGGGCAGCUGCACCACCGUUACCCAUUGGAAGCAUACCUUUUCUACUCACUCCUCCAAUCCCACGCUGCGGACAUGCCUGGUGCAAGCUCUGAGGCAUUCUUCCUGAAACAUGUGGACGACAAGGGAGACCACUUGCUUAUAGACGAUGACUAUAACGUUGUCGGUGUCAUUGAUUGGCAAUUUGCUCGGACCGUCCCGGCUUGCGAAGCGUUCGGCCCUUCUUUGCUCACUGCGGACUUGAACGGGCUCUACUCCCGAGAGUCAACAAUCAACCCCAAUGACAAGGCCCUGGCUGAGGCAUUGCGUGAGCGGGGAAGCGAUACCCUAGCUGCGCAUAUGUCUGAAGGAGACUUGGUGAGGAGGUUUCAGUUUGGUAUCCCUGGAGGUAUGUCGCAGGCCGAGGUCCGCGAGGUCCUGGCGGGUGUUUUGAUCAGUGUCGGAGCCCAUCCAAUCACGAUUGAUGUAGGAUCAUGGAUUGAGACCAAGCGGGAGGAGUUGGCUAAGACGAGCACUGGGAAAGAACUGUUGCAGAGAAUAGAGGAGCUGCUCAAGCUACAGGACUGGUAGAUAGUCGGUUUGCGAGCUGGUACAGAAUAAGGUAUCUUCCUACAACUGUAUCAAGCAUAUGCCCUAGAGCGCUGUAGUGUGCAUCACGGAAUGCCGAUCUAUCCUCGCUGACCCAGCAGUGAGCAAGUCGACGCAGGCCGGACUGGGCGCCACAAUCCUACACGGCUUGCCAUCCUGCUCAUCAAAGCCCUCAAUGGCCACAAACACACC